CAUUGUAACUGGUCGAAGCAAAAAAGAAGAAGAGUGUGAAAUUGAAAAAUUUAGAUUUGUUCCUAUUAAAAUAUCUGCAUUACAAUGGAAGAUGGUGCUGAACUUAUAACUGAUCAAAAUUUGAGUUGCAAAGUAUGUGGAGAACGGCAAUUUACCCUACGUGAAGGUUUCUAUUAUUGCCAGGAAUGUGGAACAAAGCAGGAGCAAGUGCGCGCUGUCGAAGUGGAACGCGAUGAAGACUUCCUGCAGGCUAAACACGUGAAAAAGCAAAAAAUCCAUGCCGUUAAAACUGAAAAACCUAAUCUCACUUCUUGGGAAUGUUAUAAUUAUAUACUUCGCGGUCUCGUCAAUGAUCUGCUGUCCCUUGGCGCUAAGGAAGAGUUGAAGUUAAUGACCCUCCAAUUGUGGGCCGCUUAUUUGCGCCGCAGCGAAGUGGCCUUCUUUAACAAAAAACGCGUUGAAUUACCUAAACUAGGAUUUCGGUUCCUACAAAGAGAUGCUUCUGCUUUGUACAAUCACGCUCAUAAACGUCGAGCCCAGAAGCGUAAGCGUCGCAGAACUGAUGACUCGGGCGCAUCCAUGGCAAGCAGUGAAUCGGCAAGUGCACGCGAAUUUCGUAGAUGUCGACGAAAAUUGGAUGAGUCUUCGUACAGCCUAAAUUCAUCCUUAAGUUCUACGGGUGUAUCACAGACUACCAUGUCUUCGGCGAAUACCUCAAGCACCGGCACCACAAGUCACGCAAUUAAAUUACAGUUUUCGGCACGUGCCCGAAAACGUUUAAAAAAACGUAUGCCAGUAAAACAUAUUGAAAAACAUGCGUUAGAUGCUGAAGGUAAUUUGAAUUGUCACAACAUGAAACCAUUGGCAAGAUCAAUAAAUCGCACGGAGCACGCUUUGCUCACAAUGAAUGUACGACAAAUCUACACUAUACUAGGCAUAGCGUUAAAUUUAAUUGGUGAUGAAAUACAGUUGUGUGAUUUGGUGCGAUUCAUCGAUGAGGAGCACAUAAGCACGAAAAAUGUGAUAGAAUACUUCCCGGAAAAUAUUGCGAAGCAUGGCAAAAAAUUGCUGCAAGAAAUUCAGUUUUACAAAUAUCCUACUAAAUAUAGUGACAAGGUGCUUCGAGAGCACAUUGGUUUAGUUUCAAAGUUCAUAAACAUACGCGAAUUUAAACAGCCUGAAAUGAUAAAACUAACAGAGCGUUAUGUGACUGAACUAAAUCUGCCACCAGACAUAUCCACUUACACAGAGCAUCUAAUAAAUUUGCUGCCACCCAAAAUGAGCACACGCGUUAGUCAUGUAUAUCCCGCCUACGAGGCACGCACUAUGGCUUACAUAAUUUUCGUGCUCAAGUUGUUAUUUGGCCUCGAUGGUCAUACUGAGAAUAAGGUAUCGGACGCAGCAACUAAGGUCAAUCACUGUCUGCAAAAAUUAUCUGAAGAAGGAUGCAGCUCAAAUGCCAAGCUCUCACAGCCGCCCUUACUAUUUGUAUGGAAGGAUUGGGUAGAUUAUGUGGAAAUGCGCAAAGUUAUAGUUGCGCAUUACAAUUCAAACUUUUGUCGACAAUUCAAGCAGCACCAGAGCACAGCACAACUUUUGAAAGAAAUGGAAGAGGAGCAGCGAACGCAAUUAGAGCAAGCUGUGCAUACGGCAGAAGGUGCCAGCGUGGAAAAUAAUGCAAAAGUCAGCACUAUGCAUCGAAUAUUUGAACAAUUUUUGGAUGAAUAUAAUGAUGAAUUGCCCGCAGAACACGUUGAAUCGAUCAUCUUUCCACCGAGUCUAACACCAGCGCAUGCCUACUUCAAACGCAUAUUACUGCAUUGUUCUAAUGCCGGAACCAGCGCUUCCUUCAAAAUUCCAGAGUUUAUGCGUACCGAUCAUAUGCAACGCACAUUAGCUCCAUAUGCGCACGCGAAGGAGCUGAAGGAGUAUUUCAAGCAGCACAAAUGGGAGUUGAAAGUACGGCGUAUGCCUUCCGUAAGACAACGCAACAGUGUGGGCAUAUUUCGGCCAAUCAACGAGUGUCAAGAGAGGAGUGGCAAGACGGUAUGCACCAAAAAGCCUGAUUUUAAUAUAACCGAAGAAAAUUGGCUGCAAUCUAUUGUAGAAGAAGAACUUAUAGAGGAGUUAGAGUUCAAAACGGAAUAUGAUAGGUACGAGAAGAAUUAUAUGAAGAAGCUACACGCAGAGGCUUUCAAGCGCCGCCAAGCUGCAGAAAAUAUAGAAGCUGACGAAAAUACAAACGAAUUUGCUUGCCCUUUUGGCGCCGAUGAUGAGGACUCAAUACCACCACCACCGGAGAAAACUGUUACAGUUAACGAAGACAUUGAUGUACGGUCGAUGCAUUCAAUUAAUGCCUUCAGUGAAUGUGACAUGGAGCCAAUUAAAAAAGCGGAUUUACCAAUUGUGCUCAAACCACAUAGAGCGCUAAAUAAUGUGCACCUUUUUGCUGAUCUCAGUGACGAUGAAGCAGACGAAGUGACUGCAACCGAAGACGAUUAUAAUAACACAACUGAAACAGCAGAGCGUACAUGUACGUUAUUGACAUCGAAUAUGGAUUGCUGGACCCUUUUGGGUUAUCCACAUCAGCUAAAUGGUUGUCAGAAAAAAAUAUUAGAAAGCAAAUUCUCACGUUCAUUCUUUUGGCUUCUCGACACAUGCGCACAGUCUAUCAACGUCGACUGGUGUGUGAUUUAUGAGGAACUGUUAACUAUCGAAUUAAUGUUUGCGUAUGGUAUUGAAGAUUUGAAUGGAUUUAAAGACUGUGUGCGGUUUAAAUACAAUCAUCCUAUAAAAGAUUUCAAUAUGUUAAUAAAUUCGUACAGAGAAUUGUGGUGAAUGAAAAUAGCUAAAUGAACGAGUAAAAUGUAA